AGCGCCAGCACACCGGAAAAGGCGAUUCCCUGAAUGCCCAGAGUUGGAGACAAUCACUGGAUCAGUCUUCAUCUUUCGAGGUCUGCGCGGGGCGGCCAUUGGCGGCGGAGCGUCACGUGACCGCGGGGGCGUGCCAAUGUGCGCCCUCACGGGUGUCAAGCCCCUGUCAGAGUGUGCGAUCAAGAUUGUGAAACAACGCGAUGCAAAAAGCGACCUACUACGACAGCUCCGCUAUCUACGGUGGCUACCCCUACCAGGCAGCCAACGGGUUCGCUUAUAAUGCCAGUCAGCAGCCGUACCCGGCGUCCGCGGCACUGGGCGCUGAUGGCGAGUACCACCGACCCGCCUGUUCACUCCAGUCGCCCGCCAGCGCCGGGGGCCACCCCAAGGCGCAUGAGCUGAGCGAGGCGUGUCUGCGCACCCUGAGCGGCCCGUCCAGCCAACCCCCAGGCCUGGGCGAGCCACCCCUGGCCCCGCCGCCGCCCCAGGCCGCGCCCCCAGCUCCACAGCAGCCUCAACCCCCGCCGCAGACCCCAGCCCCCGCNUUACCUGCUCCUUCUCCUUCACUGGGGGGGGCAGCACCUAGUUCCUCAUCCCCUUUUCUGGGCCCUGACAGAGGGAUCUUGGGGCCUGGAGCAAGGAGGGGCCUGGCGGGGUCGGGCUAGGCGGGGCUUGGGGCAGCCCCUGAUGGCUCUCUUCCUCUGUCCUUUGCUCUUUCCUCUGUCCUCGCAGGGGAGAGCUGCGCUGGCGACAAGAGCCCGCCUGGGCAGGCGUCGUCCAAACGGGCGCGCACCGCCUAUACGAGCGCGCAGCUGGUAGAGCUGGAGAAGGAAUUCCACUUCAACCGCUACCUGUGUCGGCCGCGCCGGGUGGAGAUGGCCAACCUGCUGAACCUCACCGAGCGCCAGAUCAAGAUCUGGUUUCAGAAUCGCCGCAUGAAGUACAAGAAGGAUCAGAAGGGCAAGGGCAUGCUGACGUCAUCAGGGGGUCAGUCCCCAAGUCGCAGCCCCGUGCCCCCGGGCGCGGGCGGCUAUCUGAACUCUAUGCAUUCGCUGGUCAACAGCGUCCCAUAUGAGCCCCAGUCGCCCCCGCCUUUCUCCAAGCCUCCCCAGGGCGCCUAUGGGCUGCCCCCCGCCUCCUACCCCGCACCCCUGCCAAGCUGCGCGCCCCCACCGCCCCCACAGAAGCGCUAUACCGCAGCAGGGGCGGGGGCCGGGAGUACGCCCGACUAUGACCCACACGCGCAUGGCCUGCAGGGCAACGGCAGCUAUGGGACCCCACACUUACAGGGAAGCCCCGUCUUCGUGGGGGGCAGCUAUGUGGAGCCCAUGAGCAACUCUGGGCCUGCCCUCUUUGGCCUAACUCACCUCCCCCACGCCGCCUCGGCAGCCAUGGACUACGGGGGUGCUGGGCCGCUGGGCAGCGGCCACCAUCACGGGCCUGGGCCAGGGGAGCCGCACCCCACCUACACGGACCUUACCGCCCACCAUCCUUCUCAGGGAAGAAUUCAGGAAGCCCCCAAGCUCACCCACCUGUGAUGGUGGGCUCGGGGCUGCGCGCCAGGAGAGACCCCCCCGCCCCCACCUUUCUUCUACGUUUACUUUUUUGUUGUUUUAAGGUUCUUCCUGCCCUCCUUUUCUCCUCUGCCCCUUCUACCUUCCCCCCACCCCGUUUUGUUUUCUUUGGUAAGGCGUUUUUAUAGUUGAUGUGACGUAGCAAUCUUGGUUGCUGGAAUGGCUGUCAGUAUCAGUAGCUAUGUUUAUCUCCUCUCCUCCCACCCCUCGCUCGGCCGCUGGCCCUGCAUCCUUUACCUUCUCUACUCUUUGAUCAGAAACAGGGUAUAUGAACAAAUUUUCUAGCCGAGUUCUUCAAUGUGAAUUUGUUCGUACAUUAUGGCUCCCGAGGGGAAGCAAUUACUUUUUUUUUUUUUAAUUUUUAGGUUUUUUUUUUAAUUGCACUUCUUGUAAAGAGCGAGGAAAAAAAUCAAAGGCGCUUUGAAACAGGGGCUCCCUGUGCAAGGAUGACUAAGUGUACGUCUUUCCGUGUGUGUAUGCUGGUGAACAGUCAGAUUUAUUUAUAUUUUUUUUGCAAGCAUUGAAUAAUCUAAGUUUUAAAUAUUAUUUAUCCCCAUCCGUUCGUAUUUAUAUUAAAGAAAUUCUGUACCCUGAUUGUUCAGAAGGUUUCUUGGGCCUUUUGUUCAAUAAUGUAUUGGCGUACAUAGAAAAUUUUUUUAUUUGAAAGGGAAAUAUAAUUCCUUUAUAAAAACGGUAAUGAUGCAAUAAUACCAGAGAGGAUCCAGCUUUUGAAAACAGUGAUUUAGGUUUUAACAUCCGGCGAAACUGAAAAAAAAAAAAAACAAACAAAAAAUCUGUAAACGUAAAAAAUGCUAGAUUUGUUUUGAGAGUUCUACAUUCCUUGUUGCUCACAUUCUGAGAAACUAAACAAAAAAAAAUAAAUAAAGUUUUUAUUCUGAAUAA